CUUGAAUAAGCCACCCGUCUCCUAGGUUCUGCCUUUGAAAUUCUUGUCCGAUUGUUGCAUGGUCUUGUUACCAACUUCAAACGGCGGACGAUGGCCAAAUCCACGAAAGCUAAGGCUGAAACCAAUGCAUUGACAUUUGAAGACGGCCAAGGCGACAAAUCAACGAAGACUCCAGGUAUUCUAUGGAAGGAGGCCAUACAAAGGUUUCUGGACGAGAAUCAUAUCAAGAUUGAAACGUUGGAGUUGAAUGGUGAAUUUGGAGAUGCGGACGACGGCGUCGAAAAGGCUUCCCAAAUGUUCCAGAGAGCACGACAUCCCAAGAAUAAAACCGACAAGGUCGUGAAAGCUGUGGGCGGAUGCUUGGACUUUAUAGAUGGCACUGUUGACUUUCUCAAGGACGCCGUGCCCGACGGCUAUGGCACGCCGGCAAAGGUCAUUGCCGGUACGAUUUCUUAUAUGAUCCAGGCGGCCAGAAAUAUGACGGACGACUUUGAUCUGAUCGAAGAGACCUUCGAGAGUAUCCACGAAGCAAUAAAGGACAUCGGUCUCCUCAAAGACCGCCACACUCAGCAAGACCACUUUACGAAUCGCCUCAUGGACAUAUUCCUCAAACUGUUCGAAUUCUGUCAAUUUAGCACCAAAAUGUUCCGGGAAUACAGCCGGAAGAGGCUGUACAUCGCAGCGCUCAUGAAGGGGAGAAACAAGAAUAUCCAGAAGAAGUGCAACGAAGUCAAUACGGCCAUUUUACUCUUCCGAGCGACAGUGCCGCUCAAAAUCCUCGAGGUGACUGUUGACAUGAACAAAAAGAUUGACGACCUGCCCAGCAGUCUGGUAGGUGCACUGCAGCGGAUGAACCUCAAGGCGUCUGAGAUGCAGCAAAUUUUUGGUUCCAAGAAAUCCAUCACGGUUGAGAAGAUCAUGAAGAGCUUUAAGGACACCGGCCUCGAUGUUGAAGCCAAGCAUUUCAUGGAAAAGCAGAUGACUCUAAUAAACAGCCACAUCGCCCCAGACACGUUUCUGUGGUUGAAAGACGAACCGUUCUACAAAUCGUGGCUCAGUGGCCAGGCCUCACCAUUCAUUUACGUCUCAGGCUCCUCUGGUGCUGGGAAGACUUAUCUGACAUGCAAGUACUACAGUCUGAUUCAAGCAAAUACAAAAUCUAGUCAGAUGGGCGCCGAGUUGGAGGGGAGCCGGCAGAGCAUAUCUGUGGCAUGUUUCCUUUUCGAGUCAGGCAAAGAGGAUGCACAAUCUUUCCAGGCCGUCCUCGCUACUCUAAUUUUGCAGAUUGCCGAGCAGGAUCCCAAACUCUGCGAGUCAAUGGGGAGAGAGCUGGAGAAGAUGCCAAAAGGUGACGUUGAUCUGAGCAUCAAAUUCCUCUGGGAGAAUUUGGUCUUGAAGAAAUUCGAGAGGGCUUCGGAAGCAUCGAGGAUUUGCUAUAUUCUCCUGGACGGUGUCGAGCAAAUGAAGCAGGAUCACUGUCAGAGCAUGUUGAAACGUUUCCAGGCCUUGGAUGGCGACAGGCACUGCGUUCGCGUCAUGAUGACAGGACCGCCCCAAAUGCUCGAGAAACUGGGUCUGAAGACCUUGCUCAAGAUCGAUUUGGACGAGAAAACGAAAUCCAAAGGAGACAUCUCGAAGAUUAUCGACCACCGCAUCAAAAAUUCCAAGAACCUCAAGAAUUGCUCGGCCGCUGCCCAGGAGCAGAUAAAACAAAAACUCUACUCCUGGAAAGAAAGCGCGAUGUCCUCCGUUGAUCUGAUGCUCAGCGUCAUGGAAGAUAGUGGAGGUGACGAGACUGCUGCAAUUCAAAAACUGCAAGGCGCAGACAGCCCCGAAUGGCUCUACAAGACCAUGAUCGACAUCGUCAAAGCCGAGACCAAGAGGAGCGGCGACGAUCAGAAGAGCCUCGAAAAGUUGUUUGCAUGGUGCACCUACGCAAAGCAACCUCUACGUGUAGACCAACUGCAACUUCUCUGGGCUCUGGAUACUUCGUCGGACAAAUUCGAUGUCAAAAUGGAGAUUGAGGGAAAGUCGUCAAGUUUGCUCUACACCAAGAAGACAGCGGAGAAUCGGCCAACGUCAUAUAGCGACACAGAAAUCAUGCCCAUGGCUAACGUGGAGCACGAAUAUGUCUUCUUCCGACAGGCCGCCUUCAAAGAAUAUCUGGAAGGAAACAAGAACAAUAUGAUUGGGAAUCCCGUUCAAGAGAGAGUGAAUAUUUUCAUCACACUUUGUGAGAUCCUCUGUGGCCAGAAUGCCAUUGGACAUUCUUCCAGACAAUCAUUUCGCGAGUAUGCAACCGUCACUUUCGUGGAGCAUUUCAAGGAUAUAGAUAUCAGACAGACCACCCCGAAACAGAGUGCUGACGUCGUUGAAGCUUUGUCCCGAGUACUGACCAACGACAACAACGUCUGUGCCGUUUUCGAGGAGGUCAUGGAUCGCCUGGGGAGAGACUACGUGGAGUUUGACCUAUACGACACUUUUCGCCCCGACACCAUCUUCGGGAGCUGGAAACGGGCCAAUAAAUUGCUUGUCUGGGCCAAGAAGCUGCACUUUUACGAGGAGGAGGAGCUGUCAUCUCGCGCGAGAGACUGGGUUGAGGCAAGUAUCAAAGCGCCACAAAAGAUGCUAGAGACUCUGGGCCAUGGCCAUCUCGAGAACUGGGCGCGCGCGGUGACUGAGCAAGAUGCAACUGUCCCUUAUAUACUUGCUUGCCGCGCCCUGUCAACGACUGGAUUACCUGGGGUUGUUUACGCGGAAAAGACUGGGAAGGAAGCAACUGCGAUGCUGGAAUAUGGGCGCGAGCACUGUUUCAAAGACUCUGUGAGACUGGCUCGUGCCCGAAUCUCGGCAGCCUUAUUGUUGAACACCAAUUCGAAUACCCCCGAGGACCGGGACGUGGCCGCCAAACUAUAUGAAACAAAUAUCAAGCUGAAGGAGACCCCUGGUCCGGAAAAGUUCUACUCUUCUCUUGGACUAGCUGAGUACCAUACCAACACCGGAACCGAUGAUGACCCUCCAGAUCUUGUUCAUAAGAAGUGGGAAGCCGUGCAGAAGUACACGGGCUAUACGCUCCAGCAAUGGAACGACGAGAAGGGAGCACUCGGCUCCCAAUUGAACAAUGAACGUUGUACCGAGGCGUACUUGCUCGAGGCUCGAGCCUGGACGAAACUAGGCAAUGACACCAAAGCGCUCGACACCUGCAAACGUGCCUUACAGCCUGGCGUGCUACAAUUCAGCUCGAAGAUCCUCGAAUUUUUAACCAUGAUUACCGAGAUAUAUUUCAAGGAGAGAAAUUUUGCCAAGGUCGUCGACGAAGUUCAGCAACAGCCGCAUCAAAUCAAAUGCGAGUGGAUACUGUCUCGGUCGGAGGACUGGACCGACAAGGACGACCAUCUGCGACAAGCCGCGGUAUUAUCCCGACGAGUGGACGUCCUCAUUCAUUUGUACGAAGAAGCAAUCGAUUACUGGCAGCCCCUUUCACCGUUCAUGGCUGGGACCCUGCAGGUCGAGCUAGCUGUGGUGUACAGGCACGACGCACGCACAACCAAGAUGGCGGAGGGAGUUCUGGACAGCAUGAUCGUGGCCAUCAGGGCCGAUCCCAACAUGUUGAAAGGGGGCCUCAUUCAAUCCAUCUUCCCCGCGAUGGUGGACAUCCUCUACGAAAACUUCAGCCUCACUUCGUCCGACGAAGCCAAGAAAAAGGUCAUGGCGAAGCUAGAGGAUCUCAUCAACGAGUUUGCGCCAACCGUGCCGAGAGGCGCCCUCGAGCAGAUCCAUCUGGCUGCCGCAAUGAUUACCCUGGCGAAAAUGCAGAGAAAAUCCGGACCGGAAGGAGCCAAACAGGCGCUGGUCUGGGCCGAGCGCGCAUUCCAAUAUUGUAUCGACGAUCUCGAGGACUCGGUCGGAUCCAACGAUUGCAGCGCAUUCCGUGCGCUUGCCAAAGUUUUGAUGUUUGCGGGGCUCGAGGUGGAAGCCGUCGUUGCUUUGUCGCUCUGGUUUUCAGAGGUCAGAGUGUAUGACGACUCAAUGCCACGCUAUUCCCGUCCGGUCGACCAGCCUGUGACAGAGAGUAUCAUCUUGGCAGAAGACGAAGGCAUUGUCGCAGAAUCCCAACACGAAAUUUCGGUUGGAACCAGCCCAUUACCGAAGAUGCACCCGGAAAAAGAGGGAGAUGGAGAAGAUAUCUCGGUAAGAAAGUCGUCCACAAUUGACCAUGAAGCCUUGGCCCAAGCAGAUCCGCCAAACGGACAUUUGGGCGUCAGUCAUCCGGCGACAUCGGCCGGUUCUACUGACGGUGGACGCCAAUCUCCCGAGCAAUCGGAGAUACAAACUCAAGAGGCAGAACGGAGCCCCCUCGAAGCCGGCGACCAUCCUCUCAACAACUACCAUGCCCCCGUAACAAAUGGCAUAUUGGCGGAAGUGCCUGAAGAUGCAGGAUCUCAGUCUCAGAUCCCUGAUGGAAUCUUGCCCGGUCAAGAAGACGAACAGAGGCUCCCUAGUUUGGAUGACCCCGAGGAGAACAGAGAGGACAUAAUCGAGGGUAACAUUACGUGCAACGGGCCCUGCGAUCACCCCGUUUUGACUAGGUGGCUCCCGGGGGUCAAGUUCUUCUACUGUCUGGAUUGCGAAGACGUCGACCUCUGCGCCGCCUGCUACGCCGCCCAAGUCAAAUACUUCACCGAGAACGGCGACGGAUUUUGGAUGAAGUGUUGCUGGGCUCGACAUGAAUUCCUCGCGGUGCCGAUCGACGGCUGGAAGGGCGUCAAGGAUGGAAUGAUCUGGAUCGGCGACAAGAAGAAGUCGUGGGUGGAUUGGUUGGCCUCGGUCAAGGAGAAAUGGAAAUGGCAGAUGGGAACCGCAAAGUAGCGCCCGAACUUGUGUUGGAUGUUAUAGGUGUCGGGACCGACGCCAUAUAGUCAGUAGGCACUGAUGGAUCGGACAUUUGUACGCGAUCAACUGUCUGUAGCUCUUAUAGAUAACGACUUAACGCCUUUGAAGUAAGUCGGUAGGAUGGUGUUGCUACAAG